UGAAUGUUUGAACUCAGGAGACUUUAUUGAAGACAAUAGUUGAAGGUUAUGAGCAUUGGUAGGGGACAUGAAUAAGUUUUGACUUGUGUUUUCCGACGGUCCCUGAACGGCCCUUGAAGGCAGCAGCAGCAGCCUGGUCUGGUCUGGAUCGGGUCUGGACUCUGGAAGCUGGACUACGUCAACAGGAGGAGAGGAGACCGUCCCAGCCCUUCAGAGAGAGGACGCACACAAAACGUCCUCCAGAUGUCCACACGAGGAAAACAGUUUGUGCGUCUUUGAGCGUCUUUUUUUGGAGCGUCUUUUUUUUUGGAACGUUCUUUUUUUUGGAACGUUCUUUUUUGGAGUGUUCUUUUUUGGAACGUUCUUUUCUGGAACGUUCUUUUUUUAAAGCGUCUUUUUUUGGAGCGUCUUUUUUGGACAUGUUGGAUAAAGGCGCACUGAAGAAGAUGCGACUCUAAAAAUUUUUUUUUAAAAAGUAGCUUUUUUCACACUUUGGUCUUAUUUCUAGCUGAAGAUAUGUUGGCGAGAAAAAGCAUCAUCCCGGAGGAGUUCGGUCUGCCGGGCCUCGCCUCCCGCAUGCCCCGCAAACCGGUGUUCAGGGACCGGGUUAACAAGGCGCGCUUCAUCGCCAAAAAUGGCUCGUGCAACCUGGCGCACAAGAACAUCCGCGAGCAGGGCCGCUUCCUGCAGGACGUGUUCACCACGCUGGUGGACCUCAAGUGGCGCUUCACACUGGUCAUCUUCACCACGACCUUCGUCAGCAGCUGGCUGCUGUUCGCCAUGAGCUGGUGGCUGGUGGCCUUUGCGCACGGAGACCUGGGACCGGAGAACCUCAACGAGACGCACUGCGUCACUGAAGUCAAGUCGUUCACGUCUGCCUUCCUGUUCUCCAUCGAGGUUCAGGUGACCAUCGGCUUCGGAGGACGAAUGAUAACUGAACACUGUCCGACCGCCAUCACCGUCCUCAUCAUGCAGAACAUCAUAGGACUCAUCAUCAACGCUGUCAUGCUGGGUUGUAUCUUCAUGAAGACGGCUCAGUCAAACCGGCGAGCGGAGACGUUGAUCUUCAGCCGUCACGCCGUGAUCGCUGUCAGAAACAACUGUCUGUGUUUCAUGAUUCGUAUCGGGGAUCUGAGGAAGAGCAUGAUUAUAGGAGCCACCGUCAGGUUACAGGUGGUGAGGAAGACGACAACACCAGAGGGGGAGGUGAUCCCCAUCCAUCAGAUCGACGUCCAGACGGAGACCGCCGUGGCCACCAACAGCCUGUUCCUCCUCGCGCCGCUCAUCAUCUGCCACAUCAUCGACAAAGACAGCCCGCUGUACGACCUGUCGGCCAUGGAGCUGCAGUGCAGCGACCUGGAGGUGAUCGUCAUCCUGGAGGGCGUCGUGGAAACGACGGGGAUCACCACGCAGGCCCGGACCUCCUACGUCGCCGAGGAGAUCCAGUGGGGUCACCGCUUCGUUCCCAUAGUGACGGAGGAGGAUGGCGUGUACUCGGUGGACUACUCCAAGUUUGGUAACACAGUCAAGGUAGCGACGCCGCCAUGCAGCGCCAGAGAACUGGACGAGAAGCCGUCCAUCUUAAUCCAGACUCUCCAGAAGAGCGAGCUGUCGCACCAGAACUCGCUGCGUAAGCGAAACUCCAUGAGACGCAACAACUCCAUGCGUAACGGCGCAGGAAGCAGCGGCAAUCUGCGCAGGAACAACUCGGGGCUUGCCGCGCCCAAAGUUCAGUUCUUCACCCCGACCGACGGAGGCCAGAACCUGAACGCCGUCACCUGACAUGAGGCCUGCCUCCUGCUGGCCGCCCUGCUCCUCCUGGUGGCGAGGAGGAUUGUGGGUGUUGGUGUUUCUCCUGCUCUGAUGGGACUCGUUCUUUUCCUGUUCCCUGCCUUAUCUGGACUCCCAGCACUUCUGAUGUUACCUCAUGUUCACGUGCAUGGAGGGAUCUAGCUCCUAUUUUAUAAAUGAACUCUUCAAAUCAUUGCAGUUCAUUUCUCUGCACCGAUAGAGCCGCCACAAACCAAUCAAUUAUUAAUAAUUAUUACAUUUUUCUCUUCAUUAUCAUUAAAGCAAUAAUUUCAAACAUUGGGCCUUUAUGCCUACCGAAUUUUACCGACAUGAGGGAGAUAUAUUUUCUUUAUGAUUAAAGUCACAGUUUAACUACUAGUAGUGGUAACUAGUGGUCAUCAAUCACUGUACUGUACAUGUGUGUUUUCACUUUAUAUUGACUUGUGUGUUAUUUGAGAAUAAAUGCACUUCAUCUGAA